CGACCAAUGUGGCUUCUUGGAUCAGCUGCUUCCCAAGUGAUGAUGAUGGAUGAGCGCACGUCUCCCUCCGCCCGCUCCGUGCAGAGCCCCGGGAGCAACCCGGCCAGGGUGCACAGCAUCGAGGCCAUCCUGGGCUUCAAGGAGGACACCAUCUUCCACAAGGCAGCGUCCUGCGGCAUGACGGACAGGGUCCUGGCGAAGGACGCGGAGCGCGGCGGGAACGUGAUCGUCACGCAAAUCAAGAAAAACCACUACGCGGAAAGUUGUGACAGUGCGUGUUGCGGCAGCAGCUCCGGGGAAGCCUCGGUGUGUCCGGACUCGCCGGACCGGGACGACGACAACCACAAGAAGAAGCACCGGAGGAACCGGACCACCUUCACCACCUUCCAGCUGCACGAGCUGGAGCGGGCCUUCGAGAAGUCUCACUACCCGGACGUGUACAGCCGCGAGGAGCUGGCCCUGAAGGUCAACCUGCCGGAGGUCCGAGUCCAGGUGUGGUUCCAGAAUCGCCGGGCCAAGUGGCGUCGACAGGAGAAGCUGGAGGUGAGCUCCAUCAAGCUCCAGGACACCUCCUCCUCCUCGCUGCUCUCCUUCAGCCGCUCCCCCGGCGGCUCGCUGGGCUCCGGGCUGCAGCUGGACCCCUGGCUCUCCACCCCCAUCACCACCUCCACCUCCCUGCAGUCGCUCCCGGGCUUCAUGGGCAGCUCGCAGGGCUUCACGGGCACCUACACCCCUUCUCCCCCUCCCUCCAUGCCCUCCUCCUUACCGGCCUCCUUCCUGAACUCCCCCGCCCUGGGACACGGCCCUCACCUGCCCCACAUCGGCUCCAUGUGCCCCCCGCCCCCGGCGUACCAGUGCUCGGCAGACCCCAGGAACUCCAGUAUUGCCUCCCUCAGGAUGAAGGCCAAGGAACACAUCCAGUCUAUUGGGAAGACGUGGUGAUGCUGAGGGAGGAUUUCAAACACGUCACUGUGAAUGUUG